UCAAUAGAAAGAAGAGAGAGGAAAGAAGGAGGCUCCUCAAACCUCUGCUAAGCUGAGCUGCGUUCUCUCUCUGUCCGUCGUCUCACGGAGCAGCCGGACUCAAUUUUCAACCAAUUUUAAAUUUUUAAUAAAAAUAAAAAUUUGAUAGAUUCCGACUAAUCCUCCGAAGAUAUUAACGGAUCGGGGCAGCGGCCGAGUAAUGGAGGGGGUCGGGGCGCGGCUCGGUCGUUCGUCGACUCGGUACGGCCCCGCCGUGGUGUUCACCGGCCGGGUCAGGAAGUGGAAGAAGCGGUGGGUGCACGUCUCACCCUCCUCCGCUCCCGAUCCCUCCGGCAACGCCAAGCACGGCACCGCCAACGGCGGCAGUAACCACUCCCAGAUUCGGAGCCUCAACGGCUCCUCCGUCUCGUCUAACGGCAGCAACAACGGCUCCCAUCUCCUCCUCUACAAGUGGACCCCGCUGUCACAGAGCAGCAAUGGCAACGGCAAUGGCAAUGGCAAUGGCCGGGGCGGCGACGCCGUCAGCAACGGGGACGAUAGCUCAGCUGCCGCAGAGGAGCCGCCGAAGCGCAGAUUCAAGUUCGUUCCGAUUGCAGUUCUGGAUGAGCUGAAAAACGAGGACCUAGAAAACGAGAAUAAUGAUGAUGAGGAAGCUAAGCCAAGCGAUAUGGAGCCUGGUAGUGCUGAGCUGAACUCAAAAAGUAAUGCUCUUAGCGAAAAACCUGACAUUAAUGAUGUGCCGAUGGAAGAGAAUCAGGAAAAUAAUCAGUCGAUACGGCAAGAUCUUAAUGAGAGCACCCUGGACCUGAGCUUGGGCUAGGAGUACGAAUUUCUGAUUCAUAACAAGUAAAACUAGAGGGGGAUCCAUUUGCAAAGAGACAUUUUAACAGAGAAGGAUAGUCGGUUUGAGCUUACUUUGUGUUGCUACGGGCUUAUUCAUGUAUUCGUAGUAUUCAUUGGAUUUGGCCUUCUCGGGAUCUGAUUGUCGAUUAUACCAACUUUUCCAUUUGAGACUAUUCAUUACAUUGUAAAACAACCAUUAAAUUUUAUCCGAUUUCAGGACAAUGAAUUGUGGAAGGAAUUGCCUCAGUA